AUGGGGGUGCUGAUGUCCCGGCGCCAGACGGUGGAGCAGGUGCAGAAGGUCAGCCUGGCUGUCUCCGCCUUCAAGGAUGGGCUGCGGGAGCGGCCCUCCGCCAAGCGCAAGGCAGACGCGUGGGGCGGGCGGCGGGGGACACUGGAGCACGUGGUGCAGGAGGUGCAGGAGGAGGAGGAGGAGAGACCGGAGGCCGCCGGCCCCUCGCAGACGCAGCGGGAGGAGAGCCAUGCCAACCGGGCAGCCUGGGAAAGGCUGCGGGACGGACGGGGCGUGGAGCCGGAGGAGUUCAACCGUGCCAACCGCUUCACUCCACCGGCCUUCGUCCGGCCCACGCGCGAGCUGCACGACGACGAGCCGCUGGAGAUCAGCCUGGAGCAACGGGAGCAGGUGAGCAGCGACGAGAUGUGCGAGAUCUGCGAGGUGUGGACGGCGGAGAGCCUGUUCCCCUGCAGGGUGUGCACCCGGGUCUACCACGACGGCUGUCUGCGCCGCAUGGGCUUCCUGCACAACAGCAGCGCCGUGGAGGUGACGGAGACAGCGCACACCGAGACGGGCUGGAGCUGCUACUACUGCGAUAACCUCAACCUCCUGCUGACGGAGGAGGAGAUGUACAGCCUGAUGGAGACCUUCCAGCAAUGCAAGAUCAUCCCCGAGACCUGCCUGACGCAGGACAAUUUCCUGCACUACAAGCACCUGGUCCACAAGCGCCACUUCGAGAGGCCGCUGAGCGAGGAUCAGGAGGAGCGCGCUGCCCUGCAGUUCUCCGCGCUGGACCCCGAUAAGAAGGGCCACGUCGAGUGGCCGGAUUUCCUCUCCCACGAGUCCAUCGUGCUGCUGCAGAAACUCCGGCCACAGAAUUCCCUGCUGCGGCUACUGACAGCCAAGGAGCGGGAGCGGGCGCGAGCCGCCUUCCUGCCCCUCCACCAGGACAGCCAAGGGCUGAUCAGCCAGAGCGAAUGCCGGAAAGCCCAGCACACGUGGUUUCGGAAGCACCAGAAAGAGGCCCCGUCCUGCAACGUCAGCAUCAGCCACGUGGGGCCCAUGUCAGAGAGCAGCCCAGCCAGCAGCGGCAGCAGCAGGAGCCAGGAGAAGACCCUGCUGGGCACAGAGCAGGAGGAAUCCAGGCCUGUCGACUGGCCGACCUUCCUGAAGGAGAACGUCAUCUACAUCCUCGCCGCCCGCCCCAAUAGCGCCGCCAUCCACCUGAAGCCGCUGGCGUAGCCGCCGCCUGGGACAGGGGCCGGGCGAGGGCUCCCAAGCUGGACGAUGCAUGAGCGGGCGGGAGGCCGGGCACACGGAGCCCAGUCCUAGCCAUUGUGUUCUGUAGUCGCUGAGCUUGCAGCUGGAGGAGCUGACAGACUGCUUCACCCGCUAGAGGGGCUGCCCCGUCUCCCAUGGGCCUCAGGUAGCCGCACCCAGCUCCCCCGCCCUCACCCACGUCCCAGCAGCCUUCUGAUUGGCGGAGCGAGGCCCCAAAUCCCGCACCACGCCCGGCCACACCCCCAGCUCAGUAGAGUUCUGGUUUCUGAUUGG